ACAUUGAUUGGUCAAAGCCAAGAGGGUGCGUCCAAUCAGCAAUCCCUCCUGCGCAACCUAUCCCCGCUCUUCCCGCCCCCUCCCGCCCCGCACGCCCCUCUCGGGCACCUACUUUCUUUGUGACUGGUGCGCGCUCUGGUCACUCAGUACGGCGGGGAGAGGUCGUCGACGCCGGCUCCUGGCGGAGCGCGGGGAGGAGGGAGGUGUCGGUGUCAGCGGCGUCGGAGACGGCGGCCCAGACCAUGGAAGAGACGCAGCCGCUUUCGCAGUCGGAGCUGCCGCUGUGCGACAGCCUUAUCAUCUGGCUGCAGACAUUCAAUACUGCUGCACCUUGUCAAGAUGUCAAACAGCUGACUAAUGGAGUUGCCAUGGCACAAGUUCUUCAUCAAAUUGAUGUAGCUUGGUUCAAUGAAUCUUGGUUAAGCCGAAUUAAAGAGGAUAUUGGUGACAACUGGAGAAUAAAGGCUAGUAAUUUAAAGAAGGUACUUCAAGGAAUUAUGAGUUAUUACAGUGAGUUUUUGGGGCAGCAGAUUUCUGAAGAACUUAUCCCUGAUUUAAACCAAAUAACUGAAUGUUCGGAUUCUGUGGAGCUUGGGAGAUUGCUCCAGCUUAUUUUAGGUUGUGCAGUCAAUUGUGAAAAGAAGCAAGAACAUAUUCAAAAUAUAAUGACACUGGAAGAAUCUGUUCAACAUGUGGUCAUGACUGCUAUUCAAGAGUUGAUGAGUAAAGAAAUAUUGAGCUCUCCUACAAAUGAUGCUGUUGGAGAAUUAGAGCAACAGCUUAAAAGGGCAUUGGAAGAACUUCAAGAAGCACUAGCAGAAAAAGAAGAACUGAGGCAAAGAUGCCAAGAACUAGAUAUGCAGGUGACUGCACUUCAAGAUGAAAAGAAUUCAUUAGUUUCUGAAAAUGAGAUGAUGAAUGAAAAACUUGAUCAGUUGGAUGGCUCUUUUGAUGAUCCAAAUACAAUGGUUGCAAAAAAGUAUUUUCAUGCACAGUUACAGCUAGAACAAUUACAGGAAGAAAACUUCAGGCUUGAAGCUGCAAAGGAUGAUUACCGUGUUCAUUGUGAAGAACUUGAAAAGCAACUAAUUGAAUUUCAGCAUAGGAAUGAUGAACUGACUAGUCUUGCUGAAGAAACAAGAGCCCUGAAGGAUGAAAUAGAUGUUCUUAGGGCCACCUCUGAUAAAGCAAAUAAACUAGAGUCAACAGUCGAGAUAUAUCGUCAGAAACUACAAGAUUUGAAUGACCUUCGCAAGCAGGUGAAAACUUUACAAGAAACAAACAUGAUGUAUAUGCAUAAUACAGUCAGCUUAGAAGAAGAAUUGAAGAAGGCAAAUGCAGCACGUACACAGUUAGAAACAUACAAGAGGCAGGUCCAAGAUCUUCACAAUAAACUUUCCUCUGAAUCCAAAAGGGCAGAUACACUAGCAUUUGAAAUGAAGCGGCUUGAAGAAAAACAUGAAGCUUUACUUAAGGAAAAAGAGAGACUAAUAGAGCAACGUGAUACUCUGAAAGAAACGAAUGAAGAACUUCGAUGUUCACAAGUACAACAAGAUCAUCUAAACCAAACAGAUGCAUCUGCUACAAAAAGUUAUGAGAAUCUUGCUGCUGAGAUUAUGCCAGUGGAAUAUAGGGAAGUGUUUAUUCGACUGCAACAUGAAAAUAAGAUGCUCCGCUUACAACAGGAAGGUAGCGAGAACGAGCGUAUUGAGGAACUUGAGGAACAGCUGGAGCAGAAGCACCGCAAGAUGAACGAACUGGAAACCGAGCAAAGGCUGAGCAGAGAGCGUAUCCGGGAAUUGCAGCAGCAGAUUGAGGACCUCCAGAAGUCUUUACAGGAGCAAGGCUCCAAGGCUGAAGGAGAAAGUUCCAGCAAACUAAAGCAGAAGUUGGAAGCUCAUAUGGAAAAACUAACUGAGGUCCAGGAAGAAUUACAGAAGAAACAGGAACUCAUUGAAGAUCUUCAGCCAGAUGUAAACCAGAACGCACAAAAGAUCAGUGAACUUGAAGUUGCUCUUCAGAAGAAAGAUGAAGAUAUGAAAGCGAUGGAGGAGAGAUAUAAAAUGUACUUGGAGAAAGCUAGAAAUGUAAUAAAAACUUUAGAUCCCAAAUUAAAUCCAGCAUCCGCUGAAAUAAUGCUACUUAGAAAGCAGUUGGCAGAGAAAGAGAGAAGAAUUGAGAUUCUAGAGAGUGAAUGUAAAGUAGCGAAAUUCCGUGAUUAUGAAGAAAAACUCAUUGUUUCUGCCUGGUACAAUAAGAGUCUAGCAUUCCAGAAACUGGGGAUGGAAUCUAGACUCGUGAGCAGCAGUGGUGCCUGCAAGGACCCUGGGGCGUGUGCUCCCGCACGGUCGUUCCUGGCACAGCAGCGGCACAUCACCAACACCAGAAGAAACCUCUCUGUCAAAGUUCCUGCUACCACACCCGAUUAAACUACAACAGAAAACAUAAACAGAAGUGCCCUUAAAAUAGUUUGUAUCCUUCAGUUAACUUCCAGGUUGAUAAAGAAACUUAUGGUGGUGGAUAUCAGCUAUUUAAAAAUCAGUAUGCAUAAAAUGAAUUUCGCCAGCUGACUUUGGAAACAAAAUACAGAAUUAGCUGUUUCUCUAAGGGAGCACACUUGAGUAAUUGGAAGAGGUAAUUAGGCACACAUCUCAAACAGUUGUCUUCUGAGAGUGUUGUAAGUUCAUAUUGACUUGGUAUAUUUUAGUUUAAUGUCUUCAGUUUUACCAGUAACUUGGUUAAUUUACAAUGUGUAAUCAGUAGUAAGUAAUUUAAAAACAUAUCUAUUAUUCAUUUUAUUGUUUUGGUUAUAAAAAUAGUCUUGAGGUAGGUACAUGGAGAACUAUACAAGUUAUAUUUUUUGACUAUAUAUAUAUAUAUAUAUAUAUAUAUAUAUAUAUAUAUAUAAAAGGUUUUACCUCUAUCCUCAAAUCUGUCAUCAGGUGGGUCUAUUUUAUCAUGUAAUGGAAGAUUGGACUAUUGCAGUGACUUCUGCCAUAGUAAAAGGGACUAGUUGGAGAUUCUGCAGAUCCAGGAGACUUCACAGUUCUUCUGUGUCCCUGCUGUAAACGAGGGCUUCUGUACAGCAUGGUUGACAUGCUCAUGGUGUGGAAUGAACGGACUUUUACAAAAGGUGAUUUUUCUGGUGGGAAGCAAGGCAAAAAGUAUAAUUUGUGUGAAACAUUAUAUCUGUUUUUAGUAUGAUUAUAAUUAUUGCUUUUAAGCACAAGAUUAUCAGGGCUUUUGUUGAAAAACAUACUAUAAUAGUUUUUUCCAUGUACUGCAAGGAGGUAGUACAGUGAGGAAACAGUCUGGAAUCUGUCUUACUUCUGUUUAUGAAUUUAAGGAACCUGUCUGGGACUCAGUUCUUGGUAUUCAGUGCACUUCUGUCCAAAGCUCAUCUUUUCACAGGUGUUGUUUUCUAAUUUGGGGGGCCAUUUUUAAGAGUCACACUUCAGAACUUUAGUUGAGUUAAAUCUGUGCUCUCCAGUAUCGUAGCCACAAGCCACGUGUGGCAAUUUCAAUAAAACUAAUUAAAAUGAAAAAUUCAGUUCCUUGGUCAUCAACCACAUUUCCAGAUGCUCAGCAGCCACGUAUGGCUGGUGGCUACUAUAUUGGAAAGUGCAGAUAUAAAAAUGUCCAUUGUUGCAAAAAGUUCUGUUGGACGGUGCUCUACUAAACCUUUUUAUAGUAACUUUGAAAUACUCUUUGAUAUUUGACGACAAAAGAAGAAAAAUGUCAGAGCUAUUUCAGAUAUGAAACGGAUCUGAAUUGUGACAUAACAAGCAGUUUGCAUUCCUUAGAGUUGAAUAGUUUAUGUUGUGACGUUCACUGUUAACCUUUCCAGCCGUUUGACAACUGCAUACCUAUCCGCGGAUGUCUGAGCCAUGUGAUCGGGCCCAAGUACUGGCCUCUGCUCUAGGUGUAGAGCAGCAACCAUAAAAAUAUAUAUAUAAGCAAAAUGGAUAUUUUUGUGUUUCAAUACAGUUUUAUUUACAAAAACUGGACAUAGGACAGAUUUGGCCUGCAGUAGACCCUGUUCUGGAUUUUAUUGUCAGCGUAUAUGAGUAUUGUUCCAUUUACAGUAUUACUCAUUUAAAUACUUGGUUUCUAGAUUUUCUACCGGGCAUUUUUUUCUAAUCACUGACGAUACAUGAAUUACCUACUGCAGUUAGGUCUCUUAAGACUAGGAAGCAGCUCCCGGGAUGUGUUGUCUCAUCAGGGUUACUUCUGUUGACUACCUCUUAGAUUUUGAUGUUUUUUUUAUUGGUGCAAUUUUUGUGUUGGUUUGCAUUUUUGUAUAUUCUUAGAGUCUGCUUGCCUGCAACUUUUAGUGAAACGAAAUAGCCCUUUGAAAAUAUUUUAGCAUGCUAUUAAAAUUUUCCAGAUAUUAUGGCAUUUUGGUAUAUUUGGUCAAUGUAAAACAUCUGCUCCUUUGGUGUUUACUACUUGCUUUGUAGUAGUUACUUUACUACUUGAGAUUUUACAAGCUCUUCAAGCUCCCUUUUAUUGGAAUUUAUUGUAAAACAUCAAUUUCAAUAAAUUAGUAUUUUCACAGUCAAUUACUCUUAGAUUUUCAAUUAUUAUAUUUGGAAUUUCUAAAUAAUUCAGGCAAUUUCUGAAUUAGGACAGAAGGCUAGAUUCUUUUUUUUUAAUAGAGAAAAAGUUUUGUGAUUUACCACUUUUCUAGUUGAUAAGUAGAAUUUAAGAGGCUCAAUAUAGAGGUAUUUAUACAAGAGUAAUGUAAAGUUCUGUAUUAUUGUGAUUAACCAUAUGGAAAUUCAGGAACUGAUCAGAAGUGAGAUUCUUUUCCACAUCUGGUUAAUAUAGUGAGAUUGACACCCUGUGGGUGGUGCAGCAUUAUAAAUACUCAUCACGAACCAUGAUUUAUACAUGACUGUGUUGUGAGGCUUGAGUGCAUAUGCCAGAGAGGAGAAAUCCAGCAUUUCUCUGUCUGAUAAGGAAUUGAAUGUCUCAGUGAUAAAAGAUUAAACCACAGACCAAUUUGGAAAUGAUCCGUAAUUUUGAGCAUUGCUCUGAGAUUAAUAUUCCUCUUUUUAAAAUAAAAAGUGUGUAUAUGUAUGACAGUGAUCAGUUAAUAUAUUGAGAAAUAUUUGAAGUUCAUUCUAUUUUUUCAAUGAGUAAGGCUAUUGAACUGAUGAUUUAAUAUAGAUUAAGAAUUAAUGUCUUAUCUAGAAACACUAAACUGAGUAUCCUUCAUUAAAAUGUCAUCACCUUUGGUAACUGGAUUGCUAAUUUGAGCGCUAGAUAAUGCUUCUACAUCUACACCUCUUUCUGUAUUUUGGCACAUUUGGCUCUGUGGGGUGGCUUUUAGGUUACAGUACUGUGUUAGGUUCUCCGUAUGCAUAUUUAAUGCAAAACAUUCCUAUGUAAAAAUGUGUGUGUAUGGUUAUAUGCAUACAUUCCUAUUGUGAACCUGUAUAUCGCAAAGUUGUUUGGAAAUUUGUAAAGCACAACCAUUAAAGAAAAUAGCGUGCAGUUAUUAAACUUGAUGUAGCUUCAAUGUUAUGUUUAGUUUAUAAAAGGUUCUUUCUAUUUUCUAUGGCAAAGACUUUGACACUUGAAAAAUAGAAGCAAUACUUGAUUUAUUUUUGUAAGUAUUUAGGGUAUUAUUUUAAAUGAUUGUCCAAUAACAGUAUAAUAGUUGUGAAAGGUUUUAAAUAAAUUUCCUGAUUUCUGUGUCUGACAGUUACAGUGGAUUUUUUAGCGGGUACAAGUGCACUGUUUAUUUGCUGCUUUAAAUAAAGGACUUCAAAUAUUUA